UUAAAUCUUUUGUACACCUGGUCUUGGUCAUGUUAUAGCCAUUAGGCAUUUAUUUGCAAGUUGGCUGGCUCGUUUUCAGGUCAACCCUGACCUGAUAUAUGCGUCAUACAGGACGUGUGCUUUAUUAGUAUAUAUACUGUAAUACCUUGAGAUACGAGCACGCUUCCAGACGCCGACGCUAGGUGGCAGCAGAGAAUCCCACGCCGCUUCACGUGUUCACUUCACGUGUUCGUCGACUUCCGUACGCAUCUCCCACGAGUCUUCCGUACUGUGUUUGUGUUAUCUACGUGAUUUUCUCCCUAUUCUGUGCAUUAUUCCCCAUAAUAGUGAUGAGUCCUAAGAAGGUGAGUGGUAAGAAUGGUAGUGAGAAGAAGAAACGCAUGAUGACCAUGGAAAUAAAGCAUGAAAUUGUGGAUAAAUACGAGCGUGGUGCCCGCGUGAGUGAUCUAGCACGCGUGUAUGGUCGCCCUACAUCCACCAUAUGUACCAUCCUAAAGCAGAAGGAUGUUAUCAAGAACCUAAAUCCUUCUAAGGGCGUGACGAUUAUAUCGAAGUUACGUUCUAAUAUAAAUGAUGAGAUGGAGAAGAUACUGUUGUUGUGGAUAAAGGAGAAGCAGAUGUCAGGAGAUACCAUCACCGAGACGACCAUCUGUGAGAAGGCCAGCUUAAUCUACGGUGAUCUGAAACAAAAGGAAGCAGCUGAGGAGGAGGAGACAUCAACUCCAGGGAAGUCAUUCAAAGCAAGUCGAGGAUGGUUUGAUAACUUUAAGAAGCGCACUGGCGUCCACUCGGUGGUGAGGAGGCGCUCAGACGUGAAAGCUGCGCAGGAGCACGUUGUUGCAUCUGAAGGUUUCGUCCCACAACAAGACUUCAAAAUGCCACGGAGGACAUUCAUCACGGCUGAGGAGAAACAGGAAGAAACCACUGCUGAAACGCGCCUGUGUCCCUUGUGUCAAAGACGUCAAAAGGACAGCGAGGCUCUUUCUUUCCACUUGACGAAAAGACACAGUGUGCAUCCAGCAUGUCUCAAUAACCUACUUAUUACUGCACCAUAUGUGAACCGUUCCAGUGAAGUCCAAGACUCCAAUAUACAAAACAUCAAUGACACAUCACAGAAAAAGUCCUCAGAAAGCACCAAAUCCAGUUUAAUGCCAGUUCAACAAGAUGGUUCUUCUCAGGACAGUGACACACAUGACGAAUCAGGAGAAGGUAUCAGAGGAAGCAUCUAUGGUGACUCAGAGGAUUCAGUCAAAGAAGAAAAAUACAAUGCUAAAAACAAUGCUAACCACCUUUUCAAGUGUCAUGCAUGUAUGGAAUUCUUUACUCAUAAAUCAGCAUUGAGUCUACAUUAUAAUUCAGCCACACAUAUCCAGAAGAUAAAAACGGGAGCAUUGAAUGACAGGGAUUCCUCAACUCCUCUUCUGGCUUACCCAUACACCUCGACCAAACCGUACCAGUGUGACGUGUGCCACGUCUCUUACUUUUAUGCCUUCGGCCUAGAGAGCCAUCUGAAGUCUGUAUUGCACCAAAGUCGUACCAGGAAGGCUGGAAAUACUGCAGCUAAUUCCAAAACAAAUACAGAAACCGGAAUCAUGGUGGCAAACGUAGCAGACACAACAGUGGCUAAUCCCAGACAGUUAGCUAGUGCGAAGACCUGCAAUUAUGUGACACAAGGACAGAAGGUUCAGCUUCAGCCUGCUUCCUCGUUGCUUCCAGCUCCAGUGGUGUCAGCUCAGGCGGUACCUACUGUUCUUCCUCUCUUAACAUUAGCUCCAAACUCUGUUCCACACACCAUUGUACCUUCUGUCUUUCCUCCACCAAGGACUUCAUCUACUCAGCUAAUACCCCAAACUCAAAUGCUAAUGCCAAUGAUUGUGAAUGGGCUCCAAGCCCAAAGUGCGACACGAGACAGCUCUCAACAUAUGGUACAGCAAGCUGUGCCGGUCCUUGGUAUCUGUUCAGCACAGCAGGUUCAAGAACUCAGCACAAGUGAUUCCCAAAGUCAGUCAGCAGAUACUGGGGUUUCCAGUGCAUCUCGUAUACCUUUAGAAACGAAUAUGAGUGUUAAUGGGGAAGAAGUGAAAGUAAAAUUUGAAAUCAAAGAAGAGCCUUGUGAUCAAGUGGUAUCACAGAUGACUCCUUGCACAGAACAUUCUAUCUGUCAGGUAGGUUUAAAACAAGAGCAUAAUAGCAUAUGGGAUCGAAUUGUGGAUAAUUUAGAGUGUGGUGACAACCAGCCGGGCAAAGCCAAAGGAGUGAAAGUUGGGAUAAAUUUAAAAAGACAUCGUUUCGAUGCAAAUCAAAUCUCAACAACCGAGGACCUUCAGAGUUCACAUGUUACCAAAUCCAACUCCUCAAAUGCAAAUCUUGCCUCAAAGCCUUCAAGUACAAAGCCUUGUUCAAGCUCGGGCUCGGAAACUCCAGCGCUAACCGAGUUUCAGUCGCAGGUCCUGUGGGCUUUUUCUGAGUCACGAAAUGAGGCUGAUUUUCAAAUUCCACCAAGAGAAGACUGUGAGGCUCUCGGCAGGGAAGUAGGACUAACUGCGGACGAGGUACGAAAAUGGCUAACGGACAUGCAUCGCACCAAACACGGACAUCGCGCAGAUGUACAGACUCACUAUGACAUACAGGGAAGCACUGAAGAUGAUGAAGGCACUCUAACGAUUGAUGAAAGUGGGGGGACGGUUCUCCGAUCCAACACGGACUUCCUUUCGGAAACAGAGGAUGCAGAUGAUGAACAGACCACAGUAGAUAAAAAGAGAAAGAGGGGCAUGGAUUAGUAGGAAUCAGAUGAGGAACCAGGUGGGGCAGUAUGUCACAUUCUACCUUCGCUUACAACAAACUGAUCCUGCAGUGUACUCUUAAGGUUAUUCAAUCCCUCGUGGAUCCUUGGAGCAAAUUUGGUGGCCUUUAUAACUCCACCACUUACUUAACCUCAGGGUCUAAAGUAAUUUUCAAUGUAGUUCUAUAUAUUGACGGUUUCUGUAAGUUCAUAUCAUUUGUUACUCAAUUGGUUCUGUUCUGUAUUGGGAGUUACUCGAUGAAUGCACACUACAGUUGUUUUACUACUUCUUCCCAUAUUACCAUCUCUUCAGCUCAUUUUUGUUUCAUUAUGAUUAAUAUGUACAGUAUAUAUGUUAUUAAUUGUUAUGAACAAUUAGAAUUGUUUACUAUAAAAUGUUAACAUAAUGAUAUUUAUGUUGUAAAGAUUAAAUUUGCUAUUUGUACUACA